AUGAAAUUUCUCGUUGUAUUGAGUGUGCUCAUUGCCGGUGCGCUGGCAACCGGCGACGGCCCUAAGGUUACGGACAAGGUUUACUUUGACAUCACGAUCGGUGGCAAACCGGAAGGACGCAUCGUGAUCGGUCUGUUCGGUGGCACUGUACCGAAGACGGCACGUAACUUCAAGGAACUCGCAGAGAAGACCACACCCGGCGAAGGCUACAAGGGCAGCAAGUUCCACCGGGUGAUUCGUGACUUCAUGAUCCAGGGUGGUGAUUUCACCAAGGGUGACGGUACCGGUGGACGUUCGAUCUACGGUGAGCGGUUUGCCGAUGAGAACUUCAAGCUGAAGCACUUCGGUGCCGGCUGGCUGUCGAUGGCCAACGCGGGCAAGGAUACGAACGGUUCGCAGUUCUUCAUCACGGUCAAGCAGACGAGCUGGCUGGACGGACGCCACGUCGUGUUCGGUAAGGUGCUCGAGGGUAUGGAUGUUGUGCGCAAGAUCGAAAACACUGCCACCGAUGGGCGCGAUCGUCCGACGAACGAUGUUAUGAUCGCUGACUCUGGCUCCCUGCCCGUCAGUGAACCGUUCGCCGUGGAGAAGAGUGAUGCCACCGAGUAA